CCCAUUGGUUGUGAGCGAGAAAAGGGGCGUGGACGGCUAGCUUGAGCUACAAAACAAACUUUUUAGCUAGCUGACUUGGAAGUAACUGCAGACGAAAGACGACAGAGUUCCCUAUCUCCACCCGAAGCAGAGGUACAACCAGUCGCCAUCAUGUCCAGCAAACGCGCCAAGGGAAAGACAACGAAGAAGCGCCCCCAGAGGGCGACUUCCAACGUGUUUGCCAUGUUCGACCAGUCCCAGAUCCAGGAGUUCAAGGAGGCGUUCAACAUGAUCGACCAGAACCGAGACGGCUUUGUCGACAAGGAGGACUUGCAUGACAUGCUGGCCUCUCUCGGUAAGAACCCAACGGAUGAGUACUUGGAGGGGAUGAUGAGCGAGGCCCCGGGCCCCAUCAACUUCACCAUGUUCCUGACAAUGUUCGGAGAACGACUCAACGGCACCGACCCUGAAGACGUUAUCCGCAACGCCUUCGCCUGCUUCGACGAGGAGGGCACUGGCGUUCUUCACGAGGACCACCUGCGGGAGCUCCUGACCACCAUGGGCGACCGCUUCACUGACGACGAGGUGGAUGAGAUGUUCCGCGAAGCACCCAUUGACAAGAAGGGCAACUUCAACUACGCAGAGUUCACCCGCAUCCUCAAGCACGGCGCGAAGGACAAGGACGACUAGCACCGCCUCGCUGUACCUUCUUCAGCCAAUAGGGAGCCCCCAUGCCCCACCUACCACCAACAGAAAACCCUGCCUCUGCCACGUAGCCUCCCAUGCCCCCUAGGGACCACCAUCCCCCACCCUAUAGCAGCCUUCUCACCACUACUCUAGCUUGGGCUCAAUCAAAAAGGAGCUUCCCUUCACCCCUGCCCCACUUUAUCAAGCCAAUGGGAACACUGCAUGCUCUGCUCUCUUCAUUGAUCUGCCUCUUCAAACACAAAAGGAAUUUGUAGGAUUCAGAAGCACUCAAGUUUCCGCGACAUUUAUAAUGAGACCUUUAGGUCAGUGGUGUUGUCCAGCAGAAAAUGCAGGCAGUAGGGGGUCUGGAAAGUAAUUACCAUUGGAAUUGUCCCUGCUUUCCUUAAUUUAAACGUUUGAGCCUAAAUUAGUGUUAAAACAUGGUUUGUGAUAUAGAUAUAAGAAAAUAGAAAAGGAGAUUGCCCAUAUAAAAUGAAUCAUGACAAGAACGGAAUACCCACGGAGAAGCCAGCUAGUUGUGGACUGACUGAUGCCCUUAGUCUGUAGUAUCCCACCAGUUUAAAUGGGAUGUAAUUGGAGGUUUGUUAAAGCAUUCACAGUACGUUUGUUGAACCAAAGAUCGAUCCAAAGCUGUAUCUGAGAGAACGAAGCAGACCGCAGUCUGCCUCUGUGUCUGUUUUUGUAUUUUUCCUCUCUGAAAUCCAGUUUACUCUUUUGUAUUAUUCAGUGGAAAACACAAAUAAAUGUUUUCGUACCCAACUAAAAA